AUGGCCGACCACACGUCUCCUGAUUAUUUCAGCUGCUCCCUGUGUCAGAGUCUCCUCAGGGACCCCGUGGCCAUCCCCUGUGGCCACAGCUUUUGCAUGGACUGCAUCGACGGCUACUGGAACGAAGCGGACUACACCGGGAUCUACAUCUGUCCCCAGUGCAAGAUCACGUUCACCCAGAGGCCCGUGCUGCGACCCAAUGCCACCCUCACCAUGGUGGCCGAGAAGAUCAAGAAGAGCGGCCUGAAUGUCAACUUGAGCGUGUCACAGGCGAAUAUCUAUGCGGGGACCAACGACGUGCCCUGCGACUUCUGCACAGGGAAGAAACUCAAGGCAGUUAAGUCGUGCCUGAAUUGCCUGGCGUCGUACUGCGAGAAGCACCUGAGGCCGCACUACGAGUCGGCCACAUUCAAGAGGCACAAGCUGGUGGACGAGCUGGGGAACCUAGACAGGAAGAUCUGCCCGCAACACCAGAAGUCCCUGGAGCUCUUCUGCCGGACGGACCAGAUGUGCAUCUGUGCCAUCUGCACCGUCAGCGAACACAGAGGCCAUGACAUCGUGUCCGCCGAGGCAGAGAGGGGCGAGAAGCAGAAACUGUUGGGUGUUUCCCAAGCUGAGAUUAGGCAAAAAUGCCAGGAAAGGGUAAAGGAGCUAGAGGAACUCAAGACUGCUGUGGAUUCACUUAAGAACUCAGCCCAGAGAGCAAUGGUGGAGAGCCAGAAGAUGUUUGAGGACAUGAUUCGCUCCAUUGAGAGGAUGAGGUCGGAGGUGACCAAGCUGAUCGGCAUCAACGAGAAGGCGGCUUUCAACCAGGCCGAAGCUUUGAUCGAGCGACUGGAGCAGGAGAUCGACGAGCUCAAGAAGAAGGAGACCGGCCUCAAGCAGCUCUACAGCACCGAAGACCACAUCCAUUUUCUGCAGAACUUUAACUACCUGUGCACGCCGACCGACGAUGGCUUCAUUCCCAAGGUGACCGUCAACCCCGACUUCUCCUUUGCCGCCGUCAGGAAGGCUGUGGGGGAGAUAAAAGAGCGCCUCGAGGAAUUCGGCAGGGAGGAGCUGCUCAAAAUUUCCAAAACAGUGAAUGAAGUCCCAAUCUACACGACGGAGAGCCGGACAUUGGACAGAAGGAGCAGAGGUAAAGAAAUGAAAAUGACGGUGGACAAUACUCCUCCUCCAGAGCCAAAGACCAAAGCCGAUUUUAUCAAAUACUUCUGCCAGCUGAAGCUGGACCCCAUCACCGCCUACAAAGAGCUCUACAUCUCCGAGGGCAGCAGAAAGGUCAUCCGCACCAGAGACCUGCAGCCCUACAGCGACAGCCCUGAGAGGUUUGACAGCUUCGCCCAGGUACUGUGCCGCGAGGCCCUGUCUGGCGGUCGCUUCUACUGGGAAAUUGAGUGGAGCGGGGAGUUCUCCAUCGGUGUGGCCUACAGGAGCAUCAGCCGGAAGGGCAAGGGCUCGCUGUGCCUGCUGGGAUACAACGACAAGUCCUGGAGCCUCCUCUGCUCCGACACGGGAUACUCCGCCUGGCACAACCGGGUGGACAAAGCCGUCAACGGGCCGCACUCACCCAGGAUAGGCGUGUACCUGGACCAUACGGCGGGGGUGCUGGCGUUUUACAGCAUAGGCAACAGCUCCAUGACGCUCCUGCACAGGUUUCAGACCACGUUUGUCGAGCCCGUCUAUCCGGGCUUCGGAGUCGGAACGUCUGUGAAGAUCUGCAACGUCAAAUGAACUCUGAUGCCUGAGCCUCUGAACAAAUCCACGUUUUGUUUUGUAUAGCAUACAGCAUCAAAGUGUGUAUUUUUACAGGAAUGUAUAAUUAUAGCAAAACCACAUUAAUGGAGUUCUACUAGUUAUGUUUAAAGGAGGAUGUGUGUAUUUUUUUAAAACAGAUUUUUUUAACGUAUUUUUUUAAAUACGUUAAAAAAAAUAAAAAAAAUUUUUUUAAAUCCUCAUUUAAAAAUGUGUAUUUUUUUCCCAACUUAAAACCAUCCCUUUUUUAAAAGGAUGGAUUUAACACCAUCCCUUAGUGUUAAGGGAUCUAAUACCUUAGUGUAUUAGAUUUGACACUGUGCUGUUAAAUCACGUUUUAAACAUGGCUUACUGAAUCAAUACUGAAAUGCAAAAUCAACAUGUGGAGCAGCUUAUAUCGAUGUAAUUUUACAAUGUGCUAGUGUGAAGUAAAUAUAACUAAAGGUGACAUUUAUUACACACAAUACACAGUUUCUCCCUUACAUCUAUUACACAUAAUUAACGCUGUAAUCAGGUCCAGCUGUUUAAUUGAAACCUAUGUUAGAUUUGUCACAUUUUAUAAUUGUGUGAUUUAUUUUUAUAUGUUGAUGUUCACUCUUUUCAAACAUAUGAAUUCUACAGUAAAAGUUGUUUUGGUUUUAUGCUUUUAGUACAUUCAGAAGAGUGCUGCAUCGUCAUUUCAUUUUCUGUUCCCUGUUAUUUGAUAAUGUUCGCAACAAUUUAGAGCCCUGGAAGUUUAUUUUCACUUGAACUAACUCCUAUUUAAUUUUAUGUAAGUUUUCCAGCAUAAUUAUAUAAUUGAUAUGAAGAAAACGUUUUGUAAACAAAAAAGAAUAAAAAGGCAUUGAUGGUUCUAAAUGAGGAACUAAAAA